GCCUUCGAGUGAAAAGUAUCGACCUUUGGGGGCGCCGUUUAAAAAGCGCGGCAAAUGAGAUCAUAUCGUGAUCAAGCGUGACACUUCCGCGAUGAAACCGGAAACGAUUUAAACAAAUAAAAAACAUAUUAACGCAUUUACAGUCGCUAAAAAUGCGUCAGACGCCCGAAAGGAUAAACCUUUGAGCGUUUUUAUAAGUCCAUUUGCGCUUCAAAGCUUUUGUUAUUGCAGAUAGCAUGUUUAGUGCUUUUGGCGUGUGACAGGCGUUACCCUUUCGCAGCAUCAUAUUACAAUUGUGUAGCACGCGAUAUAAACAAAUAAUAAACACCGCCAACACGUUGGAGCAGAUUGUUCGUGAAACUGGCAAGGGAGGGUGAAUCAAGACUUCAAAAAUUUACGCAUAUUUAAAAAGGGCACCCUAUUCACAGAGCGCACGUCGAUAACUACGAGACAAAAAUGUCACUUUGGAGAAAGAUCCUGUUGAUUUAUAUGCUCGCCCACCAAAUACCGAACACGUUGAACUGGACAAGUGUGGGUAGGUAUUAACUUAUUUAUAACACUAACACUAUUCUAUUAAUAAUCAAUCUUUAAUCUAUCGACGCGCGCGACGACAAAAAGGUAUCGAGACUCAAAUCGUGCCCUUUAGUUCGAAAGUCCUAUUAGCAAUGAAAUUUAAAGCAAAUUAAUUAACCAACGUUUGGAGAGUGUCGGAGAGUUAAUCGUGGGAAUAUUAAACAAGAAAAAAAAGGCAGAAUAAAUACUUUAUAAUUGACUGCACGCUUGACUAUAUCUGAGAUGGCUUCGACCGUAUCCUGACCCUCCUGAAUAUAAAAAUAUAUUGUUUUGAGUGUCUAAUUUGUAUCUCCGUGUUACUGAAGGAUGGGAUUGUAGUUGCAGGGGUAAAUCUCCAAUAACAUAAUAAUGAACAAAUCAUAGAACGGAACCCAUCAUUUCCUUGUAAAGAGUGUUUUGAUACUUGACUUCUUAAAAAGUUAGGUAUGAUUUUUUUCAUCAAAACUUAUACAUGCAUGUAACUAUAUUAAAUUAGUGGCAUAAAUCAGUGGUAAAAAAACCGCGGAUGUACGACUAUGACAGAAGCUAGUCACGUACUUAAUCAUCGACUAUUUUGUUGUUCCGGGAAAUUCUACACCACCCAAAAAAAUUGUCAUAGAUUAAUACAAGGUUUGAAGGCAUUUUAUGAAGCUUUAUUAAUACAUAGGAGAUAUAAUUUUUACUUAAGGGUAGAAACAGGACGUAUGUUAUUAAAAAAUCGGCAUCUAUUGAUAUCAGGUUUUUGCAUGUUUUUAAAGCUGCAAAUUACACUUCACUUGAACAAACAGAGAUCAGGGAUAAAUUGCAUUCUAAAGCAGUGUCUAAAGGUGACAUGUGCAUGAAAAAGUUUUGUCACUUUUAAUAAAACAUCCAUUAAGAGCAUUUGCGAUCGUACAUUGAGACGAUAAAGCCCAUAGUAGUACGUCAGUACCGCUCGAUUUACCUUUAAAUGAUAUCACAAGAUUUUGAUUUCUAGUCAGACUGUCAAAGCUGUACCUCGAUUUUUCGCUAGAAGAAAUCAAAAUGUCAAAUCACCAAAUACAAAUACAAACAACUUCUGUCAAGAUAUAAAGCCGAUUUAUUCAAAAAGUUGAUUAAGAAAAAAAAAAUUAUUUGCAGUGCACUGGUCAAUGUCGCCAUCGAAUGCAGUUUUACACUGCAUUUGUUCCAACGCUGACGUGACCAUUUUUUCCACUGUGAGCAUGUGUGAGUGUAAAUGUUAAAGGAAAUCAGAACAAACAACCUUUCGACGGAAAGGAAUUAAAGUCGUGUGUCUUCCCUAAACUGUAAGGGUCCGUUUCCUGCUUGAUUAUUUCAUUUUUUGAAACUUUUAUUUCUGCUGGAGCACAUGGUAUGUCAAAGAUCCGGCAACUAGACUUUUGCGUUUUUCGUCAAGUUUUGCCGCCAUGUUUAAACCACGUCUGUGAGUGCAUGGCUGGCCGGAUUCAACAAGUGUAGAUAACAAGAACAACAGCCUUUGCCAUUAAAUCAAACAAGAGAGAAUUUUUACAUUUUAUGAUGGCUAAUGGAAAGAAACAAAAUGAGGAAACUUGAGUUGGAAGUGUCGUUAGAAAGUGUGAGCAUGUGUGAGUGUAAAUGUUAAAGGGAAUCAGAACAAACAACCUUUCGACGGAAAGGAAUUAAAGUCGUGUGUCUCCCCUAAACUGUAAGGGUCCGUUUUCUGCUUGAUUAUUUCAUUUUUUGAAACUUUUAUUUCUACUGGAGCACAUGGUAUGUCAAAGAUCCGGCAACUAGACUUUUGUGUUUUUCGUCAAGUUUUGCCGCCAUGUUUAAACCACGUCUGUGAGUGCGAGGUUCGCCGGAUUCAACAAGUGUAGAUAACAAGAACAACAGCCUUAGGUAUUAAAUCAAACAAGAGAGAAUUUUUACAUUUUAUGAUGGCUAAUGGCAACAAAAAAAAUGAGGAAAGUUGGGGGUGUCGUAAGGAAGUUAAUUUUGUUCAUCGUAGCGUAGACUGUUCACAGUCCCCUAUUUUUCCGUAAGAUCGUCGAGAUCGAGCGCUUUACGUUACGGACUGCCAUCUUGAAUGAGUGUCAACACUACUUAGAGCUAUAAUCCCCGAAGCUUGCCCCCUCGGUACAUUUGAAAAUCAAGAUGGCCGCCAUUAAUGGUAAGACGCGCUAUAUCUCGACGAUCUCACGGAAAAAUGGGGGACUGUGAACAGUCUAAUCGUAGCGCAGUAUAAUCGUUUUUCGCAAGACGAAAACUGAUUUGUAUUCCAAGUAACAUAACGUGUGGGCAAAGGCCAUUGGAGGGGCGGGUAUGAUCAGAGGCUAUUCUUAAAGAAUUCAAAUCCACUAGGAAAAAUUAGACUCGCCUAUAUUUGACAAAUUGGGCGAGCUGUAAUAUCGAGUAAGUUUUCGCUGCUGUCGCCGUCGUGUUGCUAAAGGAAUAAGUGACCUGUUCUUAACUCUCGCCGUUGUGUUGCUUAAGAGCUCUACUUUCAUUUUUUUUUUCAGAACCUUCAUCAAAACCAACACGAACGCCAGCAGCAAAAUCAGUCCGAACACGAACAGCAGCACUAAGCCUAAGCUCAAACUUAACGGCAACACCAACCGCAACAGCAACACUGAGCCUAAGCUCAAACUUAACAGCACCACCAACCGCAACAGCAGCAUUAAGCCUAAGCUCAAACUUAACAGCAACACCAACCGCAACAGAAACACCAACCGAAACACCAACGCCAAUACGAAAACCGGCUCCGAUACCAAAGGCAACACCAAAACCAAAACCAAAAUUGCGCUGCUUUUUGUGCUUUUCGGAAAAUUCUUGGGAGCACUGUGACGAGACAAGUAGGGUGGUCGACUGUAAACCCGGUUUCGAUGAAGCCUGUCUUAAAAUGACACAGAAUGAAUGGGAAAAGAAGAAUGGAACCAAGACAGGCAAGGUACUCACACGCUACAUGAAGUACUGUGCUAAGAGUGAACAGUGUUCCGACACUCAAUGCAAAGAAAUGGGAUGGCAAUGCAAGGUGGACUGUUGUACAGAAGACUUGUGUAAUUCAAAUGCUGCUGUUUUGACAACAUCAUCACACCAUCACUACAUCGUCACACUCAUUCUGACUGCCGUCGUAGGCCUAGCAGCUGUACCAUAAACAGAGUACUCGCGCACCAUAGUCGUCUACUUGCUUUGUUCUUAUUCACAAAAAGCUGGCAUAUUUAUACGUCCUAAAACGUUCUUGAAAACUUUACCUCGGGCUAGCAGUUUUGGCUCAUAGCGUCCUUAAGUUCAGAAGAGUGCAACACAAUAGGUUUCAUUUGUUUCAAGCAUAAAGCAUAGAAUUCUAAAGAAAACCUA